AGUACUAUAACACAGUAUUUAAUUUGCAAUCAAUGGAAAGCGCUCAUAAGGAUUGCAACAAAAGUUUGUGUGUGUAUGUGUGUGUGUUGCCAAUGUCUCAUGGGGAUGCAGUGUACUCCAGUGUGUUAGGCUGGGCCAGUGUAGGCAGGCAGAGAGGAGACACCCAGUGCUGGCUCCGACAAGUCAGGACACACACACACACACACAAACAUGCUCACAGCCACAUUGUGACCGUGCUCCGUACUUUAGACUUACUGUUUCUUCAGUUUAGUGACUCUCAAAAAUGUGCAACUUGUCCCGGAUGAAAACAAGAUAGUCGCCUUUUCUCCUUUUUCUCUUUGCCAUUAUAUAAUCCCAGGCCUUUGCUGUUUCCCAACUUUGGAUAUACAACCAGAGCAAAACAAAUAUGGAAAUUUAACAGGACCUCGUACCCCUAGCAGACGUCUCCUGGGAUCGUGCAAAUCCCUGCGCUGAGGAAAAAGGUCGACGCUCCGUAAAACUCGUUUUCCUUUUUCGUCCCAUCCCUUUCACAUGCUCAUGGAAAAAUAGGAAGAGGAAUCUUGACAAGUUUGUGAAGCAAAAGACUCUGCACUGAGAAAGUUCCCUGUCACUGCUGCGAGACGAUGUAAAGCUUUGCCCAGAUAUGGAGCUGCCUUGUGUUUCCUAGGAUACGUCAUGAAAAACCUGGAGCAAAAUAGAAAGUGCACCUGAAGCACUUUGAUUUUUUCGACUAGACUUGGACACGUUACCUGACUGAGACUUCUCUUGACCUCGUGCUUCUCUUGGAUCAUCCAUGCCUUUUUGGAGGAGUUCACAAAAUGUGCCUUGAUCAGACAAGUGCUGCGAAGUGCACGUCUUUACUCCCAUGGUAAUAAAACUCUCCGGGUAGUCAUCUGAAAGUUGGAAAUGACGCACAAAGAUCCCCGUUUAUUCCGUAAAAGUUCUCUGUUUAACUUCGGUUCUGGAAGAAGAAGACACUCCUGCAUUGGUUUUGAUGUGGAGAAUGGACCGUCAGUGGGGCGAGCGCUGGACUCUCAGGUCAGCCCGAGCUCUGGCCUGGUCCUGCAGGGCAACUUCCCUCACAGCCAGCGACGCGAGUCUUUCUUGUACCGCUCGGACUCCGACUUUGACAUCUCACCGAAGGCCAUGUCUCGAAAUUCCUCCACUGCUAGUGAGCUGGAAGAGGGCUUGAAACAGUGGGAAGUCAGUUGCCUGCCUCGACAUGAAGACAUGAUUGUAACACCAUUUGCACAGGUCCUGGCCAGUUUGCGAACAGUACGGACCAACUUUGCAGCAUUGACUCAUCUACAGGAUCGGGGAAGUUGCAAACGGCCAUCAGUCAGUAAUCCACCCUCGGUGUGCAAGCAGGGUGUGCCAGAUGAGACAUACCAGAAGUUGGCCAUUGAGACACUGGAAGAACUUGACUGGUGUCUGGAUCAACUGGAGACCUUGCAGACACGUCACUCAGUCAGCGAGAUGGCCUCUAAUAAGUUUAAAAGAAUGCUGAACCGUGAACUUACGCAGCUGUCAGAGACGAGCCGCUCAGGAAACCAAGUGUCAGAGUUCAUAGCAAGCACAUUUUUAGAGAAACCCCACGAUGUGGAGAUCCUGUCUCCGCCGACAAAGGAGAAGGAGAAGAAACGGCGUCUCAUGUCUCAGAUCAGCGGGGUAAAGAAGUUGACGCACAGCCAGAGCCUGGCCCCCAGCCGCAUACCUCGCUUCGGGGUCAACACCGAGCAUGAGAGCUUUCUGGCCAAGGAAAUCGAGGACAUCAAUCGCUGGGGCCUUGAUAUCUUUAAGAUAGCAGAGUAUUCAGGGAAUCGGCCACUGACGGUGAUGAUGUACACAAUUUUUCAGGAACGAGACCUACUGAAGUCCUUUAAGAUCCCAGCAGACACCUUCAUCACCUUCAUGAUGACCCUAGAGGGCCACUACCACACUGAUGUUGCCUAUCACAAUAACAUCCAUGCUGCUGAUGUAGUGCAAUCCACACACGUCCUCCUCUCCUCACCUGCAUUAGAGGAUGUCUUCACUGACCUCGAAAUCAUGGCUGCUUUAUUCGCUAGUGCCAUACAUGAUGUUGAUCAUCCUGGAGUGUCAAACCAAUUUCUCAUCAACACAAACUCUGAGCUGGCUCUGAUGUACAACGACGCAUCUGUACUAGAGAAUCACCACCUGGCCGUGGGCUUUAAACUACUACAGGAGGAAAACUGUGACAUCUUCCAGAACCUGAGCAAGAAGCAGAAGCAGUCACUUCGCACAAUGGCCAUCGACAUGGUAUUAGCCACAGACAUGUCCAAACACAUGAAUUUCCUAGCAGACCUGAAGACCAUGGUAGAGACAAAGAAAGUAACCAGUCUUGGAGUAUUGUUGCUGGACAACUACUCGGACAGAAUACAGGUUCUUCAAAACAUGGUCCACUGUGCCGACCUAAGCAACCCCACGAAGCCUCUGGAGCUCUACAGGCAGUGGACAGACCGCAUCAUGGUGGAGUACUUUACCCAGGGUGACCGGGAGCGAGACAAAGGCAUGGAGAUUAGCCCCAUGUGUGACAAACACACUGCUUCAGUGGAGAAGUCUCAGGUGGGUUUCAUUGACUAUAUCGUGCACCCCCUCUGGGAGACCUGGGCUGACCUCGUCCACCCGGACGCUCAAGAUAUCCUGGACACUCUGGAGGACAAUCGCGAAUGGUACCAGAGCAUGAUCCGGCACAGUCCCUCGCCUCCGCCUGAGGAACAGGACUCGAAUGGUGCCAUCGGAGCGUCCACAAGUGAAAAGUUCCAGUUCGAGCUGACUUUGGAAGAGGAGGGCGAGUCAGACUCUGAGAGCCCUCAGGAAGCGGAGCACAACGAGCCCGAGAGCUCGGCCACUCGGUGCCGCAGGACAUUGUCUCCUGACACAGUGGACAAGAAGGCUGUGAGAGAAUGAGAUUUAACAGAUAAAAUGUGCAUAGCUAGGUGCAUGGCACUGAUGUCCUAAUGACAGGUCUCAGCCACACUUUGCUUCUAAAUCUGUGAUGAACUUAAGUGUGGCUGUAGCAGGCUCCUAGUGAGCGACACACCACACACCAGCUAAUGAGAUAACUCCUCAUUUCACCUAUUAGACACACAUUUCCUGUUUUUUUCUUGCCAGGUAAGCCUUUUAGUCCUAGCUUCUUAAGAUGCAUUUGUGUCUAGUACACAGGUGGCUGUAAUGAUCGGUCGGUGACUGAGAAGAGAUCUGAGGAUGGCUUGGUCUCUUCAGGGUCUUUUAACAAAGCAAGGAGAGUCUUCCUUCAAAUGAUGUACAUGUUGUCUAUAGAGGAAAUUGUAAUAUUUAUAGUAAGCUAACAGGGUCUAGGAUUUUUUUUUUUUUUUGCACCAUCCCAUUAUUUUUGGACAAGUUGCCAUUUAAUUUACUUUUAAAAUAAUUAAUCUAGCAUUCAUUUGUUUUUUCAAUAUUUUUAGUCACUUUGAUCAGAUAAAUGGAAUAAGUGAAAGUCAUGCCAAAUAUUAGCUUGAGAUAAAAUGAUGACACUAAUAACCUCAGGAUAUAAAUAAUUAUUCUACGUUAAUGUAGCAAGGUACCCCUGUAUAUUACCCAGUGCAUAUUUAUUAAAGACCACUAAAAAUCACCUAUGUACACUGGUAUUUACCCUUACACCUUAAUAUUUACCUUUACAUCUUCAUACAUCUUUUUGUAUCAUGAAUAAUUAGUCAGAUUUUUUAACAGACCGUUCUGUGUUAAAUCUGUUUAAAUGGUUAAUAACAUCACACCUGGAUAAAGAGGCUGCUUUGCUCUAAAUCAGCAUAAAUAGUUAGUGUUCAUUAAAAAGAAAAUUGUAUGUGUGGGUUUAUGUGUGUGUGCUAAAGAUAAGAUCCCCAGUCAUGGCACAAGGGAUCUAGGUCUGAAUCUUUACAUGGUAGCUUAAAUCAACUUGUUAUAGCAAUGAAGAAUCCAGACAAUACAAGAUAAAGGUCUUGGGUUUAUCUGCAACUUUAAAAAAUAUGAGGGGAGUUCAAUUCAAACUGGGACUUUUGAUUGUGAAGAAUAACAAAACAGUUAUGGGAGUAAAAACAACCUUUAUUUCUCUAUCUAAUCUCCUGCUACACUAAUGCACUUAUUCUAGUGUUUCACUAGUGCUUAGAUACAAUCAAAGUAGAAAGUUAUCUCAGUACGCUGGAAAUACAGUAGGAUUAGACUGCUUGAUGUUUGAAGCGCUGGCCUCCCAGGAACUCCUUUAAUGUCCCAAACAUGUGGAAAUGGACUUGUGUUAGGGCUAUACAGGGUUUGUAGCAAUAACUCCAGCUGAGUUCCUGUAAUGUGCAUGUGGUGUUUGUGAAUGAUUGUAUCCACAGUUGCCACAGACACAUGCGCCUCUUUCUCUAGUUGGUGACAAGUUAUCCGUCGAUUUUUAAAGGAUCAGGCAUUCCACUCGCUGAAUGUUCAGGUGACCGACUGCAGUGAGCUUUGGUCUUUUCCGGACGUACAGCCUUCUUUUUUACUAUGGUUAAGAAUCUCAUCAUUGUAUCGUGCUUGGAGUCUUCUGUAAAUGUCUUUCGGUUGAACACCUUCAUUCACAAGAAAUUUCAUCACGAGUUCCGUUUGACUUGAACACCCCUCAUGUCUCGUAUUUCCUGUGCAAAUAGAAGCCAGAAUCAUUUUACUCUAUGAUGCAACUAGAAUUUCUUCAAUGAGAAGUACACUGUGCAUAAUUUGCAUAUUAGUCUUUAUAAUUUGCCACCUGAGACUCUGCUGUUCUGUACCUUGUAAUGUUUCCUUUAUGUUUCCGUUUAUUAGCACUUGAUAACUAUGAAGUUAAUCAGUGUUUUCAAACAGGAAGAAGGUUGUCAAAUGAAUUAUACCCAGCCCUCAUAUAAAGAUCUUACACGAAUAUAAAGUCUAUGUAGUUGGGAUGAAAUGUCAUGUCCUCAUACAGUAUGAGGAAAUUUUGGAUGUGAAUUACAUUUCCAUCCAAGAUUUAGGUCUUUUUUUUUUUUUUUUACAUCUUACAUUGACCAGUUGAUUUUUGCUAUAGCUUACUGUGUCGUACACGUCCCCCAACAUUUGCUCUGCGCUCUACUUCUACACUGGAUUUCUCAUUGAUAUGAAAGUGAAUUUCACUGAAAAAGAGGAAAAGUAAGAAUUUUAUUUUUAUUCCUUAAUUAGGUGAUAAAAGUAAAACCGGAUCAUUAUCACUAUUAUAAUUAUCACAUUAUGUUUGAUAUAAUAAUAAAAAAAAAUCCUUCUAUUAAACUUCAAUGUAACUUCCUAGCAAUGUCGCAAGUAUCUAAUGGGAAAUUGAAUAUUUCAGUCGAAAUAUAUUCCAUGUGUUUUUGUUUAAUGUUGCUGGUAUAGAGUUAAUGACUACUUAAAAGAUUAACACUGAAGCACAAAGAUAUGUCUCACAUAGUGUAUAUAUACAGUAUAUAUACAGUAUAUAUACAGUAUAUAUACACUUUUUAUCAUUUUAUAUAUAUAAAAUGAUAAAAAGAUGUAUAGCUAAGUAGAAUAUCCAGGGGUACCUUUUUUUUUUUUUUAUUCUAAAUCACCACUCAUGUUUGUAUCGGUUAUAUGUAUUCGUUUUACCUUACAUCCAGUUUUUGCAUCAUUAUCUCAAACACAUUAUUAACAGCUUGCAAACUGCCAUAUUGUGCUGCCUAGUUUAAGACAUGCCAUGUAUUCAUCUGUGAUCUGACGAUCCUGACAGGGUUUUUUUCUCUUCAGGAAUUUGAUCCAAAUUAUUCCAGUACAUUUCAAGGGCUAGAGAUAAACCAAGAUCCAAGACAGCUGACUGAAACCCUAUUUCUGCUGUUCAAUGACAUAACUUCAUUUACACAAAUUUAACUGUAAAGUGUUGAAUCCAUAUAUUUUUGGGAAAAACUGUAGAUGACUAGCCAAUGUGUUAAAAAAAACCCAGACUGAUUAUAAUAUUUAAUUAUAUUAUUGGUAGAAUUAGUGUUUUAUUGUUUUUUAUUUCUCCUGUAUUUCAUGACAGAAAGUAAAUACAGAAAUCCUACCCUGUUGUCUUUUAAAAUUUUAAACAGAGGAAACACUAACAAGGUGGUUCUUUUAGAUAUGAGUUGACCAAGUCAAGUGCCACUAAACUGUACUCAAAUUUCACACGCACAUGCACCAUGUGAGAGCGCUCCAAUGCCAUAAUAAUGUAGUUUAGUGAAAUUACCUGUAUGGUAUAAAGCGGCAUACCAUUUCCACCUUUUUUAUGUUCUUUCAUGUCUUUCUAACUUUUCUGAUCUGCCACGUUUCCUCUUGAUUCCCUUUACUGGCAAUUUCUGAAAUUGCCAAGCUUAUUUGUAGUGUCCAUUUGUUGGAUGACAUUGUGUCUUUGGUCUGAAGAAUAAGAGUAUUACUUUAUGUAUUUAAAAAAAAAAGUGUUUUGUCACUCCUGUACCUGUUUCUGUAUCUUUAUGUGCCACAUUCAAAGCCAAAAACUCCAGACUACUUCAGGUUGUUCACUAGAACCGACAUCAAUAAAUUAACUUAAGCUGUC